GGAUUUAAAUCCAGGGAGGGAAGCUGAGGAGGGGAAAGAAGGAGGGACAGAGAAGCACCAAGCUCUGCAGCCCGAGGGGCCCAGUCCCUGGGGGAAGUGUUGGAAGUGGUGCCCAGCAGCCUCUGAGGUCUCCGAGAGCAUCUGCUCCCUGUCUCCCCAAGGAUGGGUCUCCGGGGGAUGUUCUGCUUCCCUCUGGGGCUCCUCUUUGGCUCUGUGCUGUUGGUGGCCUCAGCCCCGGCCACCCUCGAGCCUCAGGGCUGCAGUGACAAGGAGCCACAGGUUACUGUCAGCCACACCUACAAGAUUGAUGUGCCCAAGUCCGCUCUGGUCCAGGUCGAGACUGACCCCCAGCCCCUUAGUGACGAUGGGGCCUCGCUCCUGGCCUCAGUGGGGGCCGAGGAACAGAACAUCAUCUUCAGGCACAACAUCCGCCUGCAGACGCCACAGAAGGACUGUGAGCUGGCAGGCAGCGUCCAAGCCCUCCUGGCCCGAGUCAAGAAGCUGGAGGAAGAGAUGGCGGAGGUGAAGGAGCGGUGUGAUGUUCAGCGCUGCUGCCGAGGAGUUGCCGGUGCCAACGGCCACUGCAGCGGCCACGGGACCUUCUCCCCCGAGACCUGCGGCUGCCGCUGCGAGCAGGGCUGGGAGGGCGCCUCAUGUGAGCGGCCCGCCUGCCCCGGGGCGUGCAGCGGCCAUGGGCGCUGCGUGGACGGCCGCUGCGAGUGCUACGCGCCCUACGUGGGCGUCGACUGCGCCUACCCCGCCUGCCCCGAGAACUGCAGCGGCCACGGUGUGUGCGUGCGCGGCGCGUGCCGGUGCCACGAGGACUUUACGUCCGAGGACUGCAGCGAGCGCCGCUGCCCCGGCGACUGCAGCGGUCACGGCUUCUGCGACACGGGCGAGUGUUACUGCGAGGAGGGCUUUAGCGGCCCGGACUGCGCCCAGGUGGUGGCCCCCCAGGGUCUGCAGCUGCUCAAGAGCACGGAGGAUUCCCUGCUGGUGAGCUGGGAGCCGGCCAGCGAGGUGGACCACUACCUCCUCAGCUACUACCCCCUGGGAGAGGAGCUCUCUGGGAAGCAGAUCCAAGUGCCGAAGGAGCAGCACAGCUAUGAGAUCCUUGGUUUGCUGCCUGGCACCAAGUACAUGGUUACCCUGCGCAACGUGAAGAAGGAGGUUUCCAGCCGCCCACAGCAUCUGCUUGCCACCACGGAUCCGGCUGUGCUUGGCACCGCGUGGGUGACAGAGGAGACUGAGAGCUCCCUGGAUGUGGAGUGGGAGAACCCCCCUACUGAGGUGGACUACUACAAGCUUCAGUAUGGCCCUCUGACAGGGCAGGAGGUGGCUGAGGUCACCGUGCCCAGGAGCAGUGACCCCAAGAGCCGAUAUGACAUCACUGGUCUACAGCCUGGAACAGAGUAUAGGAUCACUGUCAUCCCCAUGAAGGGAGAACUGGAGGGCAAGCCGAUUCUCCUGAACGGCCGCACAGAAAUCGAUAGCCCAACCAACGUGGUCACCGACCGAGUGACAGAAGACACAGCGGUAGUCUCCUGGACCCCAGUCCAGGCUGUUGUAGACAAGUACGUGGUGCGCUACACCUCUGCUGAUGGGGACACCAGGGACAUGGCGGUGCCCAGGGAGCAGAGCAGCACCGUCCUGACGGGCCUGAAGCCGGGAGAGGCGUACAGAGUCUACGUGUGGGCCGAGAGGGGCAGCCAGGAGAGCAAGAAGGCCGACACCAAGGCCCUCACAGACAUUGACAGCCCCCAAAACCUGGUGACCGACCGGGUGACAGAGAACACGGCCACCGUCUCCUGGGACCCGGUGCAGGCCGUCAUCGACAGGUACAUGGUGCGCUACACGUCUGCCGAUGGAGACACCGGGGAGGUGCCGGUGGGGAAGGAGCAGAGCAGCACCGUGCUGAGGGGCCUGAGGCCGGGCGUGGAGUACACGGUCCAGGUGUGGGCCCAGAAGGGGACCCGAGAGGGCAAGAAGGCCGACACCACGGCCCCGACAGACAUUGACAGCCCAACAAACCUGGUGACCGACCGGGUGACAGAGAACACGGCCACCGUCUCCUGGGACCCGGUGCAGGCCAUCAUCGACAGGUACAUGGUGCACUACACGUCCGCCGAUGGAGACACCGGGGAGGUGCCGGUGGGGAAGGAGCAGAGCAGCACCGUGCUGACGGGCCUGAGGCCGGGUGUGGAGUACACGGUCCAGGUGUGGGCCCAGAAGGGGGCCCGGGAGAGCAAGAAAGCCAACACCACGGCCCCAACAGACAUUGACAGCCCCCAAAACCUGGUGACCGACCGGGUGACAGAGAACACGGCCACCGUCUCCUGGGACCCAGUGCAGGCCGUCAUCGACAGGUACAUGGUGCGCUACACGUCUGCCGAUGGAGACACCGGGGAGGUGCCGGUGGGGAAGGAGCAGAGCAGCACUGUGCUGACGGGCCUGAGGCCGGGCGUGGAGUACAAGGUCCAGGUGUGGGCCCAGAAGGGGGCCCGGGAGAGCAAGAAGGCGGACACCAUGGCCCCGACAGACAUUGACAGCCCAACAAACCUGGUGACCGACCGGGUGACAGAGAACACGGCCACCGUCUCCUGGGACCCGGUGCAGGCCAUCAUCGACAGGUACAUGGUGCACUACACGUCCGCCGAUGGAGACACCGGGGAGGUGCCGGUGGGGAAGGAGCAGAGCAGCACCGUGCUGACGGGCCUGAGGCCGGGUGUGGAGUACACGGUCCAGGUGUGGGCCCAGAAGGGGGCCCGGGAGAGCAAGAAAGCCAACACCACGGCCCCAACAGACAUUGACAGCCCCCAAAACCUGGUGACCGACCGGGUGACAGAGAACACGGCCACCGUCUCCUGGGACCCAGUGCAGGCCGUCAUCGACAGGUACAUGGUGCGCUACACGUCUGCCGAUGGAGACACCGGGGAGGUGCCGGUGGGGAAGGAGCAGAGCAGCACCGUGCUGAGGGGCCUGAGGCCGGGCGUGGAGUACACGGUCCAGGUGUGGGCCCAGAAGGGGGCCCGGGAGAGCAAGAAGGCGGACACCAUGGCCCCGACAGACAUUGACAGCCCCCAAAACCUGGUGACCGACCGGGUGACAGAGAACACGGCCACCGUCUCCUGGGACCCGGUGCAGGCCAUCAUCGACAGGUACAUGGUGCGCUACAUGUCUGCCGAUGGAGACACCGGGGACGUGCCGGUGGGGAAGGAGCAGAGCAGCGCCGUGCUGACAGGCCUGAGGCCGGGCGUGGAGUACACGGUCCAGGUGUGGGCCCAGAAGGGGGCCCGGGAGAGCAAGAAGGUGGACACCAUGGCCCCCACAGACAUUGACAGCCCCCAAAACCUGGUGACCGACCGGGUGAUGGAGAACACGGCCACCGUCUCCUGGGACCCAGUGCAGGCCGUCAUCGACAGGUACAUGGUGCGCUACACGUCUGCCGAUGGAGACACCGGGGAGGUGCCGGUGGGGAAGGAGCAGAGCAGCACCGUGCUGACGGGCCUGAGGCCGGGCGUGGAGUACACGGUCCAGGUGUGGGCCCAGAAGGGGGCCCAGGAGAGCAAGAAGGCCGACACCACGGCCCUGACAGACAUCGACCCUCCCAAAAACCUUCGUCCAUCUGCCGUUACACAGUCCGGGGGGGUGUUGACCUGGACGCCCCCCUCUGCUCAGAUCGAUGGCUACAUUCUGACCUACCAACUCCCAGAUGGCACCGUUAAGGAGAUACAGCUUGGAAGAGGGAAUGAGAGACUUGAGUUGCAAGGCCUUGAGCAGGGCAUCGCCUACCCAGUCUCCUUGGUUGCCUUUAAGGGUGAUCGUCGGAGCAGGAGUGUAUCUACCACCCUUUCCACAGUUGGUGCCCGUUUUCCACAUCCUUCCGACUGCAGUCAAGUUCAGCAGAACAGCAAUGUCGCCAGCGGUCUAUAUACCAUCUACCUGCAUGGUGAUGCCAGCCGGCCCCUGCAGGUGUACUGUGAUAUGGACACGGACGGAGGUGGCUGGAUUGUCUUCCAAAGGCGCAACACUGGACAGCUGGAUUUCUUCAAGCGCUGGCGGACCUACGUGGAAGGCUUUGGGGACCCCAUGAAGGAGUUCUGGCUUGGACUCGACCAGCUGCACAACCUCACCACUGGCACUGCCACCCGGUAUGAGGUGAGAGUGGACCUACAGACAGCCAACGAGUCCGCCUAUGCCGUGUAUGAUUUCUUCCAGGUGGCCUCCAGCAAGGAGCGGUACAAGCUCUCAGUCGGGAAAUACAGAGGCACGGCCGGGAGAUAAGCUUAAUAGAUCAGAACACCGUGUUGGCUGGGGCCUGACGACCAGAGCAAAGCAAUUUCUUGAUUCAUGACUAUCCUCGCUGUCUAUGCUCUGAACAUCAGCAUGGCUUCAUUUUCUGGAAGGGAGCAAAUCCAUCAUGGAAUAAACUGCCACACUUAGUUCGAAACCUGCUUCGCUUUCCUUGAUCCCAGUGCCUAAGGUUCGAUAACUGUGAACAAAUCGUUAAGAAACAGCCUCCGCACAGACUCUUAGGAAACAGCUCUGGGAACUUUAGACGCGCGUUCGGUAAGCUGAGCUCAUUAAAAGAGUGUCACCAAGGGAGCCAUCGCGUGUUAUUUUAAGCUGUAGUUAACUGUCUGCUAGAGAGCUGAAGGGGAGAGAGAUGUGUACGAACCCAGCGACUACACGCCUUUCCUCAGUUGGAGGAAACUCUUGGGGGCAGGGGCCCUUCAGCUGUCUUAGCAGGAAUGGCCUAUGUCCCCUGCUCUCACUCCCCUGCUUUCGCUGGGGAAGCCAUCAAGGAGCCAUUGUUCAAGCUGCAAAGUCAGACGGACAAUCUGGGACAAUCUGGGACCUUCCCUUUUCAUAAUGUGUUGUUAACUCUUUACAUACAUCUGCCCCCUUCCUCCCCCAACUAAGUUCUUGAGGGCGGGGACCUCCUCCGUCUGUUUUCCCAGAGCCGAGCGUGGUGCUGGGCCCAGCAGGUGUUCUCAUGGUUCCUGAAUAAAUGAAGGAAGUUGCAGACCGACGUUCUGAAGGGCUGCUUGUCCUCAGAAGAGCUUGUUAAAAUGCAGACUGCAGGCGGGUACUGCCUCGGAGUUUCUGGUUCUGUGGAUCCGGGGUGGGGGUGGAGCUGAGAAUGUGCCUUUCUAACAAAUUCCCAGGUGCUGCUGAUGCUGCUGGUCCAGGGGCCACACCGGGAGAACCAGAGAUGGCCUGCUCUGGUUCGCGUAAUUAAAGGUCUCUACUGAAAUAAGGCAGCCGCAGGCAAGUUGGUGUGUCAGGGAGGACCCUGGACUGGGAAUCUGAGGACUGAGGUUUGAGUCCCGGUCCCCACUAUCUGGGGACAGUGGGACCUUGACAAGUCCCCAGAGUCUAACCUCUGUGAGUCUGUCUUCUCACGGGACUGCCGGCUGCCUGGCCCACCUUGUAGGCUGUCGUGGGGACAGAGGGGGAGGAUACGGAUGUGAAGGUGGUCGGUAGCUCAGGGGUCAGAUGAAAACCUGAGUGUUGUCAUGAUAGGAACACAACUUAGGAUUGAUUCAGGCCCUUGUCACCUUUUAUGAGCUGAAUUAAGAAGUAAACUGAUACAAAGAUGAUACGUACCAUAGGGGAAAUGGUAGAAAUACAAGUCAGAUGAUUCAAGCGGAUUUCCAGACAGGAUGUAAUGAAGCACUGAACUGUAUAUAUGUGCCAGGAGGGCCUGGGAAACUCGGGAGUGUGUGCUGGGAGGGGGUGUGGGAGGAUUAUUAAGGAGACCGACCCUUCCUCAGGAGUGGGGUCCAGCUGGGCUUUGAGGGGCGUUUAGGAGUUGGACCGGGGAGGGCAGAGGCAUGGAGGGCAGACCUGUCUGCUGCACAAGCCGUGUGUGCCUGUGGGGACA